CAGUCGUUGUUACUGAGAGGAAAAAUGGCGCAGCAAGCAGUUCAGCUGAACCGAGAAACUUUCUCCUGUUCGAUCUGUUUGGAUCUACUGACGGAUCCAGUGGCUACUUCCUGUGGACACAGCUACUGUAUGAACUGUAUUAAAAGCUUCUGGGAUGAAGGUGAGGAGAAGAAGAACUAUCACUGUCCUCAGUGUGGGAAAACCUUCACACAGAGGCCUGACCUGGAGAAAAACACCAUGUUAGCAGUUUUAGUAGAGCAGCUGAAGAAAACUGGACUCCAAGCUGCUGCUGCUGAUCUACAUUCUGCUGAAUCUGGAUAUGUGACCUGUGAUAUCUGCACUGGAAGAAAACGGAAAGCCAUCAAGUCCUGUUUAAUCUGUCUGGCCUCUUACUGUAAGAAACACCUUCGGCCUCAUCAUGAUGUGGCUCCUUUAAAGAAACACAAGCUGGUGGAGCCGUCCAAGAACCUCCAGGAGAACAUCUACUCUAAGCAUGUGUCAGCUGCAGCAGAAAGGACUGAGAGGCAGAGAGAGCUGGAGGAGAGACGAGGAAACAUCCAGCAGAGAAUCCAGGACAGAGAGAAAGAUGUGAAGCUGCUUCAACAGGAGGUGGAGGCCAUCAAUCACUCUGCUGAUAAAACAGUGGAGGACAGUGAGAAGAUCUUCACUGAGCUGAUCCGUCUCCUCCAGAAAAGAAGCUCUGAUGUGAAGCAGCAGAUCAGAUCCCAGCAGGAAACUAAAGUGAGUCGAGUCAAAGAUGUUCAGGAGAAGCUGGAGCAGGAGAUCAGUGAGCUGAAGAGGAAAGACGCUGAGCUGGAGCAGCUCUCACACACAGAGGAUCACAACCAGUUUCUCCUCAACUACCCCUCACUGCCAGCACUCAGGGAGUCGACACACUCAUCCAGCAUCAACAUCCGUCCUCUGAGACACUUUGAGGACGUGACAGCAGCUGUGUCAGAGCUCAGAGACAAACUACAGGACGUCCUGAGAGACUCAUGGACAAACAUCUCACUGAUGGUCACUGAGGUGGAUGUUCUACUGUCAGAACCAGAACCAAAGAGCAGAGCUGGAUUCUUAAAGUAUUCAUGUGAAAUCAACCUGGAUCCAAACACGGCUCACACAAUGCUGGUUCUGUCAGAGGGAAACAGGAAGGUGACAAGAAUGGRUCAMYAUCAGWYUUAUYCWARUCAUCCAGACAGAUUCACUGAUUGGUGUCAGGUUCUGAGUAGAGAGAGUCUGACUGGACGUUGUUACUGGGAGGUGGAGCGGAAAGGGCCAGUUUAUGUAGCAGUGGCAUAUAAGAAUAUCAGCAGAGCAGGAGGUGGGAAUGAAUGUAGAUUUGGAUAUAAUGAAAAUUCUUGGUCUGCAAAUCAUUACAAAGGUGCAUAUGGUCAUGACCAAAUGAGAUUUGGUAACAACAAUGACUGGACCUCCAUCUCAGGUCCAGUUUCCUCCAUACUAGGAGUGUACCUGGACCACAGAGCAGGUGUUCUGUCCUUCUACAGCGUCUCUGAAUCCAUGACUCUGAUCCACAGAGUCCAGACCACAUUCACUGAGCCGCUGCUGGCUGGGAUACGACUGCAUGAACCUCGAGGUUCUGCUGAGUUCUGUAAACUUAAAUGAUAAGAUUCUCAGUUUUUGAGAUAUUUGCUGUCCGAUCUCUUGUUUAAUUUCAUUCAUUCUAUCUGUUGUUUCUAAAUGUGUUUAACUUUGAAUACAAGUGAUUUUUUUUUUAUUUUAGUCUUAGAUUUUGUUCAGUUUCUUUUUUGACUUCUAGGGUUUUUUUUCAUUCAACAAAACAUACAUUCAAUUUAUUUGUGCGUGUUUGUUAAUGCCUCAUUUUAGCAUUCACUUGUUGAUUACGUUAUAGUUAGUUUAGUAUCUGUCCACCAAGACAGAUACUAAAUCUUCUUUGUACGCAUUUCUUGCAACAUGACCUGUAGAGAGAAAUAUCAGAUUAAGACAUUUAUGAAGAUUUUUUAUCUUCAAUUCCACAUGGUCUUUGUCUGUUUGAAUCCAAUAAAUAAACUGAAUACAAACUGGAUAACUUGA